AUCGUGAAGCUGCUGCUGCAGAAUGGGGCAGAUGUUGAGAAGGUGCUGCCGAAUCAGGCGACAGCGCUGUACAUCGCGAGCGAUGCGGGAGACGUCGAGAUGGCAAGGCUCCUUCUGAACUACGGUGCCGAUAUUGAAGCUGUGGAUUAUGAGAAGUGGACGCCGCUCAUGGCUGCAGCAUACCGCGGAAAUACGACCAUCGUGGAGCUGUUGCUGGAAAAUGGAGCCGAUGUGGAU